AUGACCAGUAAGCGAUUCCGCACCGACGACUUGGAAACGAUAAAGAAGCUUACAGAAGCCUUGGGGGAGAAACUUUGGGAACAUGCUCUUGUGGUUUUAACCUUUGCCAACGAAGUCCCACUAUCGCCAACCAAGAAGACAGAUGACGUACCUGAAGCAACCGCUUUCAAUAACCGUGUUUUAGCUUUCAAGAAAGCGAUAAACAAACAUUUGGUUGCUAUCGGAGUACCUGAUAUUACAGCGACUAAUGUGCCAUAUACGCCAGCCGGAGAGUUGGAUGAUCCAAGACUUCCAGAUAGAGAAGACUGGUUAACAGCAUUUUGGAUCGCAGCUUUCAAACGUAUCAACAGGAACGCAAAAGCUGCUUUCCUAAUGGCAACUGUCGAUCGUAUUUCAUUUUCUUCCACCGUUAGUGACGGAAACGAAGAAAUCAAAGUAAGGAAAGAUGGCAACGUUGUCAAUCUUGACCAGUUCGGUAAUUUAUCCAUUGAAGAAAGGAAUGCAAUCACAGAAUUCAGAGCAAAAUUGAAAGAGGGCGACUUUGACGAAAAAAUUGAACCGUUGUUUAAAGAAAACCAAGAUGUCCGACGAACCUGACCAAGAUACAAAGGUGUCAGGUCCCUCCAUCAAUGUGGACGAAACGUACUCUGAAGAAAUCAUUAAGGAUGUGUUUGGUGGUGUAACAGGGCAACUCAUCGGUGAGCUGACCGGUGCUAAAUCUGGUAGAAAGUACCAAACAUUCUUCGGCUGGCUAACGAAGUAUUUUACGAAGUCUUACCCAACUUCCCGACCCACUUAAGCUAGACCAGAAGGCAUGAAGAAAUGAUCACAUGGUGACCAAAAGAGUGAAGAAGACAAACUAUUUGUCAUUAAUAAUAUCAACCAGUUAAACUAUGAACAUAUAAUAUGUUAACGUAAAUGAACUCUGUGUAUUUUAAAGGUUCAUGUCACGUUCCUGAAAUAAAAUGUUCUUUAGAAAAAGGUUCAGAUAGAUUGCAUAUAGCUCCAAGCGUUUUUUUUACAAGAUAAGACGAGUUUCAAGCAUCUGUAGAUAAAGUUGCUGAGUGAUGAGUUCAGGUAGAUUGCAUGUUAUAUGUGGGCUUGUUAGAGAUCCAAGCGUUUUUUUGUUACAAGAUAAGACGAGUUUCAAGCAUCUGCAGAUUAAGUUUCUGAGUAAAAUGAAGCUAUUUAAUACAGAGGAUUGAUAAAUUAAACUUUGAAAAACGUCUUUUGUGAUUUUUCUUUAAUUUGUGUUAUUAGAAACACCACCCAAAAGAAAAGGAUUAUAGAAUUUUUGUUUCCGUGCCUGAAUUUUAAGGGAAAAGAUUGACAAGAGUAUUUACCACAGCACCACCGUGUCUACGAGCGCUUUUCAUUCAACAAAUUUAUUAUUGUUUUCUCCUCAUCAUAUUCCUACCAAUAGCGUAGCUCCAUUUUCUGCAAAUAAAACCACACACAACCCACAAUUCCUUUAAUCGCUCUGACGAAGGGUUUAAACGAGCUCGAGGCGUCAGCUUUUCUAGCUCUUUGCGGUGGAUAGUACUAAAUUACCCCAUCUUCACUAAAGACCGAGCAUUUGCCUUGCCUUUCAAGGUAGGUUGAGUGGAUUAAUUUGUGCAACUGAUUUGCCGAUAGUCAUCUAACAGUACAUUACAGCGACAAGGAAGACGUCGAUUUAGAAAUGAAUAUACAUUUUCAGUUGGAAUUUCGCGAAUGACUGGAUGUGCUUACCAUCUCUAACGUCGACGCAAGUUAACGUUAGCAUGACGUAUGAGAGCGGCGUUGAUUUCUAAGUGGAAAAGUUAAAUAAUUUGCCGUCGACGUUUCUUUUCUCGGAACACGCAGACUUUCAUAAUUUCACGUUGUUAAUUACGACUGGAAGCAAACGACGACAACGAGAACAACGAGGACGUGGCAAAACAAAAGAUCUAAUAGGCAAAACGAUUGCUCAGCUCGUGCUUUUUAAAGCUUUGUAAAUUUCUUAGGCUUGCUCUGCAAAACAACAACAACGUGAAAUCACCAAAAUUUGCAUGGUCUGCGAACGGAAAAGGGGAACGACAAAUUAUUUUGAUUUCCAUUUGGAACUCAAAGCUGCCAACAUAAUUAUGUUGUGCUGAAGUAAAGGUGUGGCUUUGUAAAAAGUAAACACAUCUUGUCAUUUUCGAAAUUCUAACUAAAAAUAGAAAUUGACUUUUUAAUCGACUUCCUCUGUGGCGUAGCUUCCUGAUUGCUUAAGGUCCCUAUUUUUCAGAGGCCGGAUAAGAAAUGAAAACAGUUUUAAAAGGGAAGCGCUGAGCUAUUGUUCUGCCCAAAGAAGUCUUUCAAGUUUUUAUGUCACGGCCAAGUCAUCGUUUCCGUCGCCGUCGUGGCUUUUUUUUUUAGUUUUUAAUUUUAAUUUUAAAUCUUAUAUAUUUCUGAUACAAAAUACAGACAUAAUAAAAAGUUAUUACAAAGAAAAAGGAGGUUUGACCAACAACAGCCGCGCAGUAGCUGCAGAGAGCAUUUUCACCAAAAUAAUCUUUAUAAAAAAAGUAUCUUUCGAUGCCGUCCAAUGCUUUCCCAUGCCGUCUGUCGUGUAUUCGUGGUAUCCUUCGAUACGUCGACAAAAUUCGGUUUACAUUUGUUCAGGUAUUCACUAGUUGUCGCCGUUACGAAUUAAACAUGACUGGUCAAAAUUGCAGCUUUAUCUUCGUGCGCGAUGCGAUCCACGUUUGGAGAAGUUGGAGCCGAUUUUGCUGGCAAAAGUCGAGUGUAUAUUAUGAUCGAUAUCGAUAGCAAGAUCUACUCUCGCUCGUCAUUAAGAAAAAAUAGGUUUUAACGGGGUUUAGACAGUUUUACGCUAAUUCCGACAUAUUUUUUGAAGGAAUCUUCGUUGGGUAAUUUGUUGUAAGAUGUUUCUUCUUUUUCCAAAAAUCCUCGUGUCCUUUUUCCAAGGAUCAGCGCGUCCUAUUCUCGAUACCAGCUUUGACUGAUUAAAGACUGACAGAUAAGUUUGCCAACAAAAGGCAACAGAUGACUGAAAUAUUGACCAAAACUUAGCGUCAUAUGGUCACAAAAAUAGGCUGCUUGUAUAAUUUAAAAGAAAAACUAAGCUUUGUUAAUGCAAUUCUGUAGAGAUUAUGCCAUGAAACGCGUCACUAAAGUCUUACAAGCACAUGCCGUCUUUCGCGUAUUCUUGGUAUCUUUCGAUACGUUGACAAAAUUUAGUUUACAUUUGUUCAGUCAGGUCUUCCCUAGUUGUCGCCGUUAAACAGUACUGUCUAAAAUAGCAGCUCUAUUAUCGUACGCUACGCAAUCCACGUUUGGAGAAGUUCGAGCCGAUUUUGCUGGCGAAAUUUGAGUAAUAUAUUAUGAUCGAUAUCAAUAGCAAGAUCUAUUUUUGCGCGUUAUCAGGAAGAAACAGUUUUUUUUUACACGAAUCUUUGUUCGAUAAUUUGAUGUAAGAUGUUUCUUCUCUUUCCAAGAAUCCUCGGGUCCAAUUCUAUAUACCAGCUUUAUUUGAUUAAAGACUGACAGAGAAGUUUGCCAACAAAAGGCAACAUAUCACUAAAAUAUUGUCAAAAUAAUUAAAGUUAGUCAUGUUUCCUGUAGCGAUACUUUCGACCGAGAAAUAAUUCGCUCUUUCUUCGCAUGUGCACCGUAAGUAUCUGUCAGAGAAAUCUGUAAAACCUUGAGAUUCUGCGGCAAAUGAUCCAACUUUUUUAGACAACCGUGACACUGUCUACAAUUAAAUGUAAGUAGAAACGAUCACACGACUGACAUUUCCUUUCGUUUCGUUUCGACAUCGUCUCGUUUCGUUUCGUUUCGUAAGCGCGAUGCCAAUCGAACAACGAUCUCUCCCUACUCUAUUCCAAAUAUCACCUAAAAUCUUUUUCUAUAUCCUGAAAGCAAAGUAGAUAACUGAACGCGGACACUGAAUUGCAAAUUUACCCGAAAUAAUGGAAAAUAAGUUCACUUGAAUUAUUGUCUUUCUCGCUAGCACGCAAAAAAUAUCAUCAAGUCACAUAAUUUUGCAUAGAUUAGAGUGACUUCCCUCGCUUUCGUCUCACCUUGGGGAGGGGGUGGGUGGGUACAGCUAACGUAAGCUAACGGAUAACCAAAGUAUUGGCCAACAUUCAACAUCUUACGAUCAAAAAAAUAGCCCGUUUGUAUAAUUUGAAAGAAGAACCAAGCGCACCUUUAAGUAAACUAAAUAGAGAACAAAACACAGAGCACUCAAAGUAUUUGAAAGAAAAACUAAGCGCUCCCUUAAUGUAAAAUAAAUAGAGAAAAAAACACAAGGCACUUAGAGUAUUGACCACCGAAUUUGAUCAAUAUUUUUAGAUGGAAGAGGAUGAAAUACAGGUUGAAGGUUUGAAUGCCUGAACUGAUCAAUAUAUUACUAUGACAAUACCACAGCAAAUUGACUGAGGAGAAUUAAGCGCAAGCAAAGUUAAGAUUUAUCAAAAUUUUUGUCAGCGAUGUAAAUUUUCUUGCAUUCUACUCUUCCGCCACGUAGCACGUAACCAGUAGUCGGGCGACUGAUCCCACAUGGAAAUAAAACACCUGAAGAUCAGAGUAUCAUAAGCCGAAUUUUGAUUUCUCGUCGUAAUCAAAAACUAAGCACUUACGUCUUCAUAGAUGACUCAAAACUGUUUCAACAAAUCAACUCUUUAAAGGCUGCGACACGAAUGAAGCACGUGUGAGCAAAAUCACUUAAUGAUCCAAUUGAUGCCAGAUGUUGUCCGAAGAGUAUUUAUGUCGGCGACAUAAUCUUUUGGCUGAGGAAAACAAACAGCGUAUUAUUAUUUUGACAAUGCUUACUAAAUAUUUCUUACUAAUUUUCUAUCCACAAUGGUUUGGUCAAUUUACACAUGUUUUAUUUUCUUCCUCUUAUAAUAAUAAAUAUGAUUUUAUUUCAGAGUUUGUUAUCAAGAAUGGCACAGGAAGGGACCUCAGAGAAAAGUUCUGAUGCCUCGGCAACUGAAGUUGGUCAGAUUAUAUUUGGUGCAAAAAACUUGGAAUAUCAGAUCGAAGAAUUUGUCAGUUCCGGUGGCCAGACAGUUAAUAUCCUCCUGAGUGGCAAGACAGGAGUUGGCAAGUCUUAUUUGACAAAUGCGCUUAUUGGAGAAAACGUAGCAGCAGAAGGAUAUGACAUCGACCCACAAACUGAUAACGUAAGCUACUUUGAUAUCGACAAUUACUUCACCUUUUAAACUAUUAUGAGGUGCUUUCAUUAACGGGUUACUGUGCAUUACUUGUAGAUGGGAAAAUAAAUAAUAUUCCGCGUCAUUUUAAGCAGCAUGUCUAAACUCCAUCUGUUCCCAUUUUCUCCCAAAAAGUCGUAUCUUUGAUACUUGAAAUCAAGAAAGAAUUAUGGAAUGUUUUUUCGGGUAUUAAGUACAAAGUUACUCGAAGGAUAGGAAAAGACUACUUUCCAAUGUCUCUUAGACAGACGGGGCUUUCCUAUAAAUGAAACGUUUUCAUGCAUUUUUCUCGCGUAACUGAGGUAACAUAGCAAGAAAUAUCAUAAUGAGUCUGUGUUAGAGUUAUAUGUUGUAUUAAUUUCCUGUUUUAUUUCCCUUAGGUAACUGCUUACGAGGUUGUCAAAAACGGCAUAAGUAUCACAGUGUUCGACACUCCAGGACUUGCAGACGCAACCGGCAAUGAUGAAGAAUAUCUGCGGAAAAUCAAGGAGAAAGUAACCCACCUCGACCUGUUUCUCUUCUGCACUGAGAUGACCAGUAGGAGAUUCCGCACCGACGACUUGGAGACGAUAAAGAAGCUUACAGAAACCUUGGGGGAGAAACUUUGGGAACAUGCUCUGGUGGUUUUAACCUUUGCCAACGAAGUCUCACUAUUGCCAGCCAAGAAGAAGGGUAACGUACCUGAAGUAACCUUUUUCAAUGACCGCUUUUUAGCUUUCAAGAAAGCGAUAAAGAAACAUUUGGUUGCUAUCGGAGUACCCGAGAUAACAGUGACUAAUGUGCCAUUUACGCCAGCCGGGGAGUUGGAUGAUCCUAGACUUCCAGAUAGAGAAGACUGGUUAACAGCAUUUUGGAUCGCGGCUUUCAAACGUAUCAACAGGAACGCAAAAAGCUGCUUUCCUAAUGGCAAAUGUCGACCGUAUUUCAUUUUCUUCCGCCUUUGUUGA